GGGAGAUGGCUAAACCCUGAUUCCAAACCUCCAACGACUGGCGUAUGAAGCUCACUGGAGCUCACCGGCAGACGUAUGGACAAAGGGCUUGUUGGAUGUCCUGGAUGUCUGGCCCCAUUCAAAAAGGCGUAUGAACCAAACUCCGGUCACCGGCUGCCAAUGGAUAGUGGACUCCUUACUCCACUCCUACUGUCUUGUAGGUCACACUUGGUUGUGUAAAGGCUAGAGCUGCACUCUCAAACAAAAGGCCGAGCGAUGCUGGGGUCAUCACUCGUACCAAAUUCCCAUGAAACUUCAUGAACUCUCUUACAAAUUGCCGCGCCUGAGCAGUGAUGAUUCGAGACAUUCGUGAAGCCGGCUCAUCCUCCCGUAGGAGAUAGCCGAAGUAAAGCAAAAAAAGUAAAGCAGCUUCGUGUUUGGUAGUAUAACAUGGUGAGUAAUAUUGAGGUUGGGUAUAGACUGCUAGGUAAGGGAGGGAAAUCAAUCUUCUCUAUGUUCACUUGAAGUCCGAUUUUUGUUGCUUCUUCUACCAGUUUGUUGGUUUUUUCCUGUAAGUCUUUGUGUUUCUGUGACAUUAGACAGAAAUGAUCCACGAAAUCCAGAUCUACUAGUCUUAUUGGCCCUGUGCAUUCCUGUCUUCUCUCUCCCCACAGUCUUCCGCAUGCUCCAGUCCACCACAGUUAGGAAUAUCAUCGGUGAUGGUAGGCAGCCUUGUCUUACUUCUGUAUUCACUUUAGAGGCUUCACUGAGUUUCCUGUUCUGGUUUAUUUCACAUCUGGCAUUGUUUACGGGCUGAUUAUACUACUUUAGUUGUUAAGGUUGGGUUAAGUGGACAAGGAUUCGGACUCGGGACCCAUGUAGCCGAAAGUAUGAACAAGCUGCGUCGUCAUCUCAUGUGCUUGAGAGAGAGUUUGUGGUGUUCCUAAUCUAUGCGUGAAGUGGGGUAGGAUUUCUAUUUCCUCACUUGAUUUCUUAUAAUACUUUAAAAGGGUGGUAGGCUUAUGAACCACAAAUCUAAAAUAACAUGGUAUGCCCGUAAAUAUCUCAAUGUAAAACUAGUACCGGGUGCAAGCGAAACACAAAUAUAAUUUGUGUCGUCUCCUAUAAUGAGGAGGAGAUACAAAGUUGUUUCAACAGGUUUCAUAAAAUCUUAGUAGAUAUCUAUAGUCAGUCUUGAAUAUUAUUUAUGUGCUUGUAUUUAUUUUUCUUUUGUUUUGUUCCUUUGCGUUCCGUGUGGAACAUAGGGCUUCACACUGAAGCUUUGAAGUUUCAAUCGCAUUGGCGUUUAGUUGUUACGGGGCGGUAUCACGCCCAACCUUCCCUCUUUACCUAACCUAAAAGCUAAGCGAGUUUCAGUAGUACGUUGGCUGUGGAUCGAUCCCCAGACCACGUGUGGUGUGGUUGGCGAGUACCCUACCGCUAGAAUAAUGUUAAUGUUAGUUUGAAAUAACGAAGUGUUAUCAUGUUAUUACCAGUAUCAUCCUGUUGUAUAAGAUUCACUUUUUGUCGAAUUGGUCUGUACACAAUCAGAGGAAGAUGUUGAUGAAAUGUCAAGAUUUAGAACAUGCAAUGGGAAUGCAUCAGAAGCAUGUUUAUGGGCUCCUGCUUUAUGGAUUAAAGUUGUAACACGUGAUUCAUCACGUUUGAAUAAUGCUUGGCGAGGUGAAGCCUCUUCGAAGCAUGCAGCGUGUUUAGGACGUCAAGCUGAAGAGUUAGUCAUUGCCUCACAUUGGUAUCAACGUGGUCAACCACAGCAUUGGAUUCGAGUUAUAGUUCAUUGGUUGCCUCAGUCACCAUCUUGUACUAAUAGCAAAAUCACUGAUUUGGAUGGAGAUUUACGUGAAUACCUCGAAGAUAUUGGAGUUACACUGCUCACCGGUUGUAAUCCAUGGAUCGGUGAUAGCAGUAUGUCCUCGUCAUCGAUAUCUUCUUCAAUGAAACCGUUUGCUUAUGCCGUAUCGCUUAAAGACAUCAUGUUACCGCUACGUAAAGUUCGACAAUUUUUAAAUCAAUUUAUUCAACACAAUGAGUCUAAUGAUUUCAAACAAUUUAAAUAUGAUUCAAUUCAACAAAUAUUUAGCCUGUUUGAUAAAAUGUCCAGUGCUAAUGAUAAUAGUCAUAAUAAUAAAUCUGUGAUAAUUGAUGAAAUGUUACCCGUGGAAGAGAAUGACUUGUUAAAUAGCAGAAUUGAAAUGCAUACUCCAAUGGAUGCUGUUCUACAACGAUCUGCAUUAUGGUCAUUUUCAUCUGAUUCAUAUAAUCAUAUAGAUGAAUUAAAACGAAUCAAUUUAGACGUUUCAGCUUUAAUCGCUUUUGUGUCAGAGUUAUCUCAGUUCAAUCCAACAUAUUCUCCUUCUUCUAAUCAACAACAAACUGACAGUGAAGAAUCGAUUUCUUGCAAAAUUUUAGAAUGUUUACAAUCUACUGAAAGACGAAGUCAACUACUGCGUCAUCCUCCAUUGAAGCCGAGUAAAUUUGAAUGGCUUAUCGCCUCGGAAGCUGAAGUUCCUGUCCUACUUUCACUGGACAAAUAUCUUCGAGGUAAAGUUCCAAUUGUUUGUCUCAGUGCUGUACAUUCCUUUCUGAAGAUUGUUUCAUUAAUCUCUGGACCAGGUGAAUGGAAACGUGCAAUCCAGUUGAUUAGUCGACUAGUUGUAAUACCAGAUUUAGAUGCUUGUGGUAAAGUAAUACCUCCAUUUGGAAAACCAAAAGAAUCUAGAAAUACUAAUAAUUAUUUAUUAACACAGCGUAUAAUGGAAGUUGGCAAUACGCUGGAGGCGCUUACAAUUACAUCAAAUGCCGGUUUCCUACGAUCUGUGCGUAAAUCGACUGGCCAACAAACUCACACAUUUAUAUCAAGCUGAAUCUCGAUUUAUGAACCAUCGAAUUUUCAACCUCAGAUGCCUUAAAAAUGGAAUUAUUCCUGUAUACAUGAAAUUAAAAUCACCAAUAUCUACUGAUAAAGCAAAUGCAGCGCUCAUACAUGCCUCAAAAGUAUGCAUCAAAGAAAACCUACGUGGAAUUAUACAAAAGCUAUUCACGAUAAGGAAAGAUAUUAAUGAAGUAAAAGAAAAAUUGAAAGAAGUAAUUGAAAAAGAAAAGUAUGAAAACAUACUACAAGUUGCACAAAAACGAAAAGAAACCACUUAUGAAAAAACAAAGGAGAAACAAAUCAAAAAAUUUAAUAAACUCAUGAUAGCAAAAACUCCGAAUGACAGACAAGUAACUAAAGCCAAUUGGAUUGUAAACUUUUCAGACAGAAAGCCAACAGAAGCAGAGGAAAGUGUACUGAUGAAAGGGAUGAACUUCAAUAUCAGCAACAAAAGAUUAAAACCUGAAGACAUCAUACCUGUAAUUGAAACAGCACUCGAAGGAUAUGACAAGCAAAAAGCUGAACUGGUACGAGCACAAUGUGCACUUACAUUAAAAAAGCAAAAAGCAGAAAAACCAAAUAUAACGAAAGAGGAACUAAAAGCACUUCAAGACAUAAAAGCAGACAAAUCCAUUGUCAUUACUCAAGCAGACAAAGGAAACACAACAGUAUUACUUAACAAAACAACAUAUAAUGAAAAGAUGAAUGAAAAUCUACAAUCUGGACCCUAUACCAUAAUGACUAAAUCAGCUGAAACUAUCAUCAACAAAACAAUGAAAGAAACAGCAAAGUUAGUUAGACAAAUGAAAGAAGUAAUUGGUAAGUCAAAAUGGUUUGAAAUUUUGCCAAAAUCCUGUAAUGUACCUAGGAUAUAUGGUAAGAUAAAAUUGCAUAAAGAGGGAUAUCCAAUAAGACCGAUUGUAGACUUCAGAAACACACCAACGUAUAUGCUAUCCAGAUUUCUCUCAACAAUACUAAGACCGACAAGAGACAACUCAAAAGCUAGAAUAGUAGAUUCAUUUGAAUUAGUGAGGCGAAUAAAAACCACUAAAAUAGAGGAGGAAGAAAUACUAGUUAGCUUU